AUGGCAAUGAGCCCAACGCCAAGCCAUUUAGCCUUUGUUGCGUCUGUCAUACUCGUGGUGUUUGGGAUGACGGCUUCUCAGGCCCUGUCCCGCGCGUUGAAGGAAACCUCCAUGCAGGGGAGGCACGAGCAAUGGAUGGCUCGUUACGGACGCCAAUACACCGACAGCGCCGAGAAGCAGAGGCGCUUCAUGAUAUUUAAACAGAGUGUGGAGUUCAUCGAGAAGUUCAACAGCGCCGGUAAUCAGUCCUACACCCUCAGCCUCAACCAGUUUGCGGACCGGACUGAGGAAGAGUUCAUGGCCUCCCAUACUGGUUACAGAAUGUACCCCCGUCAGGUGUGGUACGAACCGACGCCGUUCGGCUACGAAAGCGUGACUGAUGUCCCGUCCAGCCUCGAUUGGAGGGAGAGGGGAGCUGUUACUUCGGUUAAGAACCAGGAUCAGUGCGGAUCUUGUUGGGCAUUUUCGGCAGUUGCAUCCAUGGAAGGAAUUAUCAAGCUCAAAACUAAUAAGUUGAUCUCUCUUUCUGAACAACAACUAAUAGAUUGCAAUAGAUAUGAAAUGAGUAGAGGUUGCGAAGGCGGUUGGAUGGAUGAUGCCUUCAACUAUGUCCUACAAAACCAAGGACUUAGUAGCCUAGAAACCUACCCCUACAGGGGAUAUGAUGGAUAUUGCAACAUUCAGAGGGCAGCCUCUCCUUCGGCAAAGAUUAGUGGGUAUGAAGAUGUACCUUCUAAUAAUGAGACAGCGCUAUUAAAUGCAGUAGCCCAUCAGCCAGUUUCUGUCAUCGUUGAUGCUAGUGGAUAUUACUUCAAACAUUACACUAGCGGAAUAUUUAGUGGUCCAUGUGGAACUAAGCAAAACCAUGCAGUUGCAAUUGUAGGGUACGGUGCAGAUGAAAAUGGAAUCAAAUAUUGGCUAAUUAAGAAUUCAUGGAGUGAGAAUUGGGGUGAGAAUGGAUACAUGAGGCUGUUAAGGGAUGUUGAUGAUCCAAAGGGUUUUUGUGGCAUUGCCAUACGACCUUCUUACCCUAUUACAUAA